AUGCUACAGCAUUCGGCCCCAUUUGUUCAGGUACAAGUAGGCACACGUACCUAUGAUGCCAACGAAAUCCAAAAGCUUAUCCCUCAACUGGAGGAAACUAUUGAGAAAAAAGAACGUCAAAUUCGACAGCAGCAAAGUACCGUGGAAACACAGUUGAAAAGGAUCAAUGAACUGGAAAAAGAAGUGAGGACAUUACAGUCAGAAUGUGACAAACUUCGUUCAGUACUUGAUCAAAAAACACAAUCCGUUGCAGCAUUGAGCAGCAGUCAAAAGAUUUCAUGGGGUACUGAAGAGUUGCGAACUGAGCUUCAGCAGAAGGCGGUAUUGCCAACUGCCGAUGAUGGUGUUCGUUCCAAGAAAAUGGCAGUAUCUGCAGAACCAGCUAGUCUCGAUACGCAGAAAGCUACUUUGCAACACCAUCCGAAAUCUGCUGGUUCGAAACAGCUUAUUCGGGAUGCAGUUCAGAAGAAUGACUUCUUGCGACAGCUUGCUAAAGAGCAAGUUAUAGAACUCGUAGAAUGCAUGUAUGAAAUGCGUGCUCGUGCAGGUCAAUGGGUCAUACAGGAGGGUGAGCCCGGAGAUCGACUGUUUGUUGUCGCGGAGGGACAGCUUCAAGUAUCACGCGAAGGUAUUGUGUUGGGAAAGUUGGGAGCAGGAGUCGUUAUGGGUGAACUUGCUAUACUUUAUAACUGUGUUAGAACAGCAUCUGUGCAAGCAUUGUCAGAUGUUCAGUUAUGGGUUUUGGAUCGUUCUGCUUUCCAAUUGAUUACUAUGCGUUUAGGCAUGGAAAGACAUGCACAGCUAAUGGCAUUUCUUAGCAAAGUAUCGUUAUUUGAAAAUUUAUCGGAAGAUCGAAUAUCAAAAAUUGCUGAUGUUUUGGACCAAGAUUAUUAUUCUGGUGGGAAUUAUAUUAUUCGAGAAGGAGAAAAGGGUGACACAUUCUUCAUCCUUACAAAUGGUCAGGUUCGUGUUACACAGCAGAUUGAAGAUGAGCCGGAACCUCGAGAGAUACGUAUUUUAAAACAAGGCGAUUUCUUCGGUGAAAAAGCCCUUCUUGGUGAAGAGGUAAGAACAGCGAAUGUCAUCGCAAUUAAUCCAGGUGUUGAGGUUCUGACACUUGACAGGGAGUCAUUCGCAAAAUUAAUUGGAGAUCUCGAAGCCUUAAAUCGAGAUUACGGGGAUUCACAAAGGAGAGCCACUGUUGUUGUACCUGAGCCACUAUCGCCAAAAAAGACUGCUGAGGAAAAGGAAUUUGCUGAUUUGCAAUUAAAAAAUUUGAAAAGGAUUGUUACACUUGGUGUUGGUGGUUUUGGUCGUGUUGAAUUGGUUUGCAUCAAUGGUGACAAAAUGCGGACAUUUGCAUUGAAAGCUUUGAAAAAGAGGCAUAUUGUAGAUACAAAGCAACAAGAGCAUAUUUUUGCUGAAAGAAAUAUUAUGAUGGAAACUCGUUCAGACUGGAUUGUUAGGUUAUACACAACAUUUCGUGAUGCCAAAUAUGUUUAUAUGCUGAUGGAAGUUUGUUUGGGUGGUGAGUUAUGGACUACGCUUCGAGAUAGAGGGCAUUUCGACGACUAUACCGCUCGAUUUUAUGUCGCUUGUGUUUUGGAAGCACUUGAAUAUCUUCACAGAAAAAACAUUGUUUACCGAGAUUUAAAGCCAGAAAACUGCUUACUCACCCAAACAGGAUACCUCAAACUUGUCGAUUUCGGUUUCGCAAAAAAGUUAGCAAGUGGACGCAAAACAUGGACUUUCUGUGGUACACCGGAAUAUGUUUCACCUGAAAUUAUUCUUAACAAAGGACAUGACCAGGCAGCUGAUUAUUGGGCAUUAGGAAUUUAUAUUUGUGAAUUAAUGCUCGGUCGUCCACCAUUUCAGGCCGCAGAUCCUAUGAAAACUUACACGUUAAUACUAAAAGGCGUGGAUGCCUUAGAAAUUCCAAAUCGGCGAAUUGGGAAAACGGCAACGGCUCUUGUUAAGAAACUCUGCAAAGAUAAUCCCGGUGAACGUCUUGGGUGCGGUAGUGGAGGUGUUGGUGAUAUUCGUAAACAUAGGUGGUUUAUGGGUUUCGACUGGGAAGGGCUGAGGUCAAGAAUUUUGAAAGCACCAAUUGUACCAAAGGUGGCAAAUCCCUCGGAUGUAACAAACUUUGAUAGCUAUCCACCGGAGCAAGACGUACCACCUGAUGAGUUUUCUGGUUGGGAUGAAGGCUUCUAA